AUGAUAGAUACAGAUGCUUUUGUUAGAAGCUCUCCUUAUAAAUUAACUCAUGGAGAAACAUCAGAUAAAUUCAAUUUGAACAAUACCACUUCAGAUUUAUUGAAAUUCCAACUACAAGAACAAUAUAGAACUACACUCAAUGAUUUGAAAAACAACCACGAUGCAAAUACCACAAUUAAUUCAACAGUGGAUGGAGAGUCCAGUUUUCUUCAUUCUCAAUCCAUGCAAGAUUCUUUUAAUAAUGUUUUACAAACUCAAAUUGAAGCAGGUGAGAUCCGCUUGUCCAGUUCAACUGGAAAUUUAUCAACUACUUCAACAACAACUUCUACUUAUGUUGGCGACGAUAACAACCCACUUGUACGUGCAGUAGGAAGUGGAAUUAGCGGUGAUGAUGUUGAUGAGGAUGAAGAUGAUAAUUUGGACUCUUUCAUAUCCACUAAAUCUAAUAAACCAAAUUAUCUCAAUUUAAAGAUCUUGAUUGAAAAUUCAAUUUUUGAUAGCGCCAAGAUUAAGAGUUCCAUUUUAGAUUUCCAUGCUCUUAAUGAGUUGAAAUUAGCCAUUGAAAAUAAACAAGAAUUGCAACAAUAUUUGUUAUCAAAGAUUACUACAGCCCGAUCCAUGAACGACUUGGUGGUGAGUGAACACACUGAUAAUAGUUUGUUAGUCACAAUUAUAAAAACGCAGUCAUCAUUACAAUCUCAAUUGAUUGAAACAUCAACUGAAUUGGAGAAAUUGAAAGAAAAGUUGUUCAACCAUUAUUUCUCAUGUCUAAGUUUGGGAUAUAUUGAAGAUAUAAGAGUGGCAAGAAACUUGCAUUCUACAAGUACUUUUCAACAAUCUCCAUUAAACUCGCCUGGUAAGAUACCCAACAAUUCAACUUCACCUCGAUUCUCCCUACAACUGUAUCAAAAUUUUGAUUCCUUAAUAGCUCAUAUAGCUAGUGUUGCUGCUCAACGUAAUAUUACUUUACCACAGCCUCCAUUACUUGAAACUGGUGAAUCUAAAGUCACAUGGAUUCAACUGUGUAUUGAUUCUAUUUUGUCAAAUACCAAACCAAUAGAAGUUCCAGAUGGUGAAUAUCCUCAAGAUCAAUCAUCCUCAUCCAGCAAGAAAUAUCUAGAUGUUGAUAUUGUAAAAAGUAAUUCCAGUUCACCUAUGAGAUCACUGGGUCCAGAUAAAAUUGUCUCUGAAUACAAGACAGCAUUGAAUGAUUUGAAAUUUUCGUAUGAAUAUUUGGCUAAAGAAUAUGAAAUGUCAAAGAUUUCAUCAGAUAAAGUUAUACAUGAUUAUAGAAAGAAGAUUACCGAAUUGGAACAACAAUUACAAUCCAAAACAGAUUUAAUGACUCCACCUGAAACAGCUUCUUUUGGUUCAGAUAGUGAUUCGCUUGAGAAUAAAGAUAAGGAAAUAUCACGUCUUCGUAAAGAAUUGAAUAUGUUGAAGAUUGAUAAAUUAGGAAAAUCAUAUACUUCCCAUCACAAUGCCAGUACUUCAUCUUUCUUGAGUUCACCAAAUCUUGAUUUUACCCAUUCUGCAAUCUCUCCAAUUACCGGUGAAUCCUUGAAUAUUCCUGAUUCAUCAAUACUGAUGGAUGCUGAUGAAGAUAAUACGUCGAUUAACUCACAUGGAAGACCGUCUUCUUCUGGGUAUAGUAAUGGUAUUUUAAGAAAAGAGUUUAAGAAGAUUGUCAGUGAUAUUCAAGAUCAAUAUGAGUUGGAAUUAGCUGAAGAAAGAGUAAGGAGAAGAAAAUUAGAAGAGGAGUUGGAAAAACUGAAACAUUAA